AGAAUGGGAACUAGUAAGACGCCCUUSAUCACACCGCCAUAUUGGAUUUGCAGCUGAUGUGUUGUUGGUUGUUUUCUCGUUAUACCUACGCAAAAAGUACGAUUGAAUCGAUUCAAGGCUUCUUCCGAGAUGUCUGAUCGAAAGGCCGAGCUUGAAAGAAAAAGAAAGAGGCUUGAAGAAAUACGUAGGGCCAGAAACGAGAAGAAAAAGAAUGAGCAAGAAUCAGCAAGGCAGACAGCAACUUCUGCAUCUACUGAGUCAGCAACUGAGAGGAAGCAAAGAGAAACAGAUGAGCUUCUAAAAGGAAUAUUGCCAGAUGAUGUCAUAGAUGGAAGUGCUGUUACUGUUGCUCUUCAAAAACCAGCCACUACAAAGGCAGAAGGCUCUCCUGUGAAAGCACCAAUGACACAAAUUAUACAAAAGAAGGCUCCUGUCUUAGUUGUAUCACAAACAGCGCAGACAAAUAUUCCACCUAAGGAACCAGUAUUAUAUAGUAAAGAGACUCAGACUCCUGUGUUAACCAAUCAGAAAGAUGAUGAUGAUGAAGAUGAAGACAUCAAGAAAUUAAAGAAACCAGAAAUUAUAGCUGCACCUGAACCAGAGGUCAGAGAAGAGCACAAAGAGGAAG